ACAGACAUGUGGUUUAUUCUCAUUGCAUCAGUUUCACUGAGUUACGCUGAUUCCUUACACUUUCCGGACAAUUUCACAUUUGGAGUGUCGACUGCAUCCUAUCAAAUAGAAGGUGGCUGGAAUGCUAGCGAUAAAGGAGAAAACAUUUGGGAUCGCAUGACACAUGAACACCCAAACUGGAUAGCAGAUAGAUCAAAUGGCGACGUCGCAUGUGAUUCAUACAACCAAUGGAAAACUGACAUAGGCAUGAUAAAAAAUUUGUCUGUAGAUUUUUAUCGGUUUUCGCUGUCGUGGUCACGAUUACUGCCUACUGGUUUUUCAAAUUACAUUAAUCCAGAUGGUGUUCGUUAUUACAAUAGCAUUAUAAAUGAAUUAUUGGGGAACAACAUUCAGCCGGUAGUCACACUUUAUCACUGGGACCUUCCUCAACCUAUUCAAAAUGAAGGCGGGUGGCCUAAUAUAGUAACCGCUAAUUAUUUUGUUGACUAUGCUAAUACAGUGUUUAACUUGUUUGGUGACCGUGUCAAGACAUGGAUUACAUUUAAUGAACCAUUUGAGGUAUGCCAGAGCGGAUAUGGUGGAGGCGAUAAGGCGCCUCGCAUAAGUUCUUCUGGUAUAUCUGAUUAUCUUUGCGGUAAAACUCUAUUGAUCGCUCAUGCUAAGGUUUAUCACUUGUACGGCUACUAUUAUCGGUCUAAGCAAAAGGGACACGUUGGAAUAACAACUAACACUGCUUGGAUCGAACCCAAAACAAACAAACUUGAAGACCUAGAGGCGGCAGAACUGGUCUUAAAAAUGACGCUCGGUUGGUGGGCUAAUCCAAUCUUUUCUAAAACCGGAGAUUACCCUCAAGAAAUGAAGGAUCGUAUUGCAAACAUCAGUAAAUCCCAAAAUUUUUUUAAAUCUCGUUUGCCAAAUUUUCAUAGAGACGAAAUAAAAAUGAUACAAGGAACUGCUGAUUUUUUUGGUAUUAAUCACUACAGCACACUCCUAGCGAGUUAUUCUCCAUUACCCAACAAUGUAACUGUGUCGUUUGAUAACGAUGUGCAUGUAAAGUUAGAAGUAGAUCCAACGUGGAGACCAACUGCAGCAUCAUUUAUCUACGAUGUUCCUUGGGGGUUUCGCAAGUUAUUAAAUUGGAUAAAAAAGGAAUAUGGUAAUCCUCCCGUGUUUGUUACAGAGAAUGGAUUCGGUGACUUGGGACAACUUAACGAUGUGGACAGAAUUAAUUAUCUUAAGGGAUACUUAGACGCACUAGUAAAAGCAGUUCGUAUCGAUGGGUGCAACGUUUACUCCUAUUGCGUUUGGAGUUUGAUGGACAACAUGGAGUGGGCACAAGGCUUCACGCUAAAGUUUGGACUUUACCAAGUAAAUUUUACUGAUCCUAAAAGAAAAAGGGUCGCCAAAUCAUCCGUGGAGUUUUACAAGAACGUCAUACGAACUCGUAUGGUACCUUCUUAAAUAUAAUAAUAUGAAAUAUUUCCAGCUUUGUAGUUUUCAAAUAGAUACUAGUGUAGGUAUUCAGUUAAUAAUACAUACUUACAGUUAGUAAUAAUGAUCGUCUCAACUCUCAAGCUGCUUCACAAGGCAGAUAAUAUCAAUGUAAACGAUUAUUUUAGCAAUAAAAAAACUGACUUUCCUGAGACUUACCGUUUUGUGUAAUUUUUGGUUCUUGGUAAAUUUUGUGUACUUAGCUGAUAAAGAUCCACUUCCUGUUGUUAAAACAUCUUUCGACUCUCCAUGUGAGCAUAUAGUUUUCAAAAUUUGAAAACCUCUAAAAACCAAUGCGCAUUGAAAAACUCCUACUGCGUAAAUAAUAAUGUACAAGAGUUGAGGGCCCCCUCAGCCAAUUCAGGCAAGUGCAACAAUACAUUUGUGUGCAUUUUGUAUGAUUUGGUCGAAAGCUAUAAUUUAAGCACAGACAUAGUAUUUGUUGUCUGUGAUGUAAGCUACAA